GCAGCCCGAUCAUGAUAGAGUAGAUGAGUGCAAUCCAAGAAACCGAUGCGCAAAUAGGUAGGGCCAGCACGGAGGUUGCAACUACAGGAGAUGAACGUUACGAUAUGGCCAUGUUGAUUCGAUACACACCGUCGUGAAGAUGUCGGCUCUAGGUGGCGGAAGAAUCCCCAGACCGGAUUCUAACCAGCAAACGAAGCGGCGGAGACUUGCAGGCCCUAAUGCGGGCUCGGUUGACUCCGAUGGUUUCCCGCCUCACUGGUCUACCAGUCGCAGCCCCCGGACCAACGUAAAUCACUUUUCGAGCGUCUCACUGCACAAUGGCCCCGCUGGCUAUCAUUUUUCGAACAACAGCAGCCAGCAGACCAAGAACUCUCUCUCACAGUUUCGGAGCGUAGCGUCUUCGCAAGAUGGGCUUUCUGAAGACUUCGUGGGAGGUGAUAGUGCCCAGAACAAUGCCAAUGCGUCCGGCUGUGGCUUCGCAGGACAAAAUAGCAGCUUUCUUUUCGCGUCAAGCGCUGAACAAUACCACGAUAGAGAUCUUGGUUUCUCGUCAGCCGCUGAUAGCAAAGACUCGGGCGAUCAUGCCAGGGCGAUGGCAUCUUCGCACCAGGGAAACAACAAAGCUGGCACGGCAGCAGCAACCAAUGCGUCUGCGGGUGGAUCUCGUAAGCAGGGCGUGGCAUCCUCAAGGAAACCGGUAUCAUCUUCGAAAUUACCUUCAAUGCCAGGAGGCGGACAAAAUCGAGGACGAGCUCCGAAAAAGAAAAGCAAAACUACGACCACCAGCUCGUUGAGCAGCCUCUUGUUUUUGGACACUAGGGACGACUUGGAGGAGGAGUCGAUUUCUAUCGUGCCGGCAGACGUUCGCGGCCGCCCGUUUUCGCCUGUUGAUGACGAUGGCGAUUUUAACGACGAGGAUCACACAACUACAUUUACAACCACAAGGGUCUCCGCGCACGCCUCGCUCCAUGCAGCACUGGACCGAGUGGAUAUGCAGGCCGAGGCCAUCAUCGCGCAGCAUCAGCAACAGAGGAGAGCACUAACCCGGGAGCAGCAGGGAGAUAAUUAUCUGCAGAGUAAUUACAGUUCGCAGUUUUCUUCGACAAUUUUCACGGAUAACGAGCCCAGCAAGCAACUUUCUGACCAUCGAAACAACUCGAAGACACUGUCCGGCGGGGGUAGCCGAAGAAGCGCAGGAAGCAGCCGCGGUGGUGCUAAAAACAAGCAUACCCGAGGUGCUAGCCAGUUCGCGAACCGCUCCCGGAGUGGAACAGCUGGACAGCUGCACCAAACGAGCACAACAAACUCGAACGAAAACGAGUCAACCUCCCUACUCGAGCAGUACGACGCGUCCUUUUCCCGUUCCGUGUUGGCCGACCGCUUUCGCCUGGGGCCGGAUUACGGUAGGGACAAAUAUGGCUUGAAUUCCGUGAGCGAAGAACUUACGAUGGAUCGGGUGGACCGGGACCAAUUUGACGUCGAUUUUCCAAUCUUUCGCGACUCCCCGGACAAGAAACGCGUUACUGCGAGCGGAGCGUUUUCGAAACGAACGAAGAUCGAACAGGAGAACAGUGCGGCCACGUCGCGAAAAUUUCGAUUACUGCAGGAGUUGCAGCCGCCCCCGCUCUCUGCGUUUUCGAAGUCGCAGCUCCACGGGUCGUCGAUCGUCUCCACGCAGGCCGCCGGCGGUCCUUCUUUGUCGACGAUGCUAUCCUCGUCGUUGUUGGACGCGGGGGCCACAAUGGCGACGGUUGUGACGGACCAGUCCCUGAUGUUGUCGCAGUCACAUUUAACAUCGCAAAGAGCGAUGUUGAACAAUGGCGAAGGAAGUUUGAGCCAAAGCUUACUUGACGUGGAUUCUCAAUCGAAAUUGUUGCAGAACAAGUCAUCACUUGGUGGAAGCAAAGAUCAAGAAGAUCACCCCCUGCUCCCGGAAGAAGAGGCCGGUGGGUCCUCAUUGCUGGGGAACACGACGAGCAUGCUGUUAUCGAACUCGAAAGUGUUGAAUAACGAGUCGACGCUUCCAGAGCUCUCCUCCAUGUUGAAUGAGUCUUCCAUGCUGAGCAUCCACGAGAACAGCCUGGAAAUGCGAGAACUACCGGGUGAGCUGCAACGGGAAAAUGUCAGCGCUAGUAUGUUACAAUUUCAGGACCAGGAGGACAACAGCCUCUUCCUGGAGGAGGGCGAGUUCCGAAGCAGCAGUAAAGGACCGCAUGGCCCAGAAAUGGUCAUGGAAUCUGGGCAGGAACAGAAGGAAAUGAUGAAGGUCGUGUCUGUAGUUGAGCAGCAACCAGGACCUGUAGUGGACGCACAUGCAGCAGGUUCUAAUCCGAUGAAGCAAAACGUGUAUGCUGGCCAGAGCAGCGCCUCCCGUCAUGCUGGUGCUCUGAGAUCGCGUCAACAAGCACAUCACCUAGCCCAUGCACACGCCACGAAAAGCCGUCAUCGCCCGCACAGCCAGCAGCAGGCAAAGAUUUGGGGCGGGCGUUCGUUUUCGCCGCAAAGAGGCCCCCCAUCGCGCGCGCGCACCGGCGGAUCUUUGCGUAACGUGCGAAGCAGGCAGAACAAUGCCCGAACCCUACCGAGGCUGCAAGCAGGCACAAGUGGAGGGGCCGGACGAAGAGGAGCGAAAAGGCACAUCAAUGCGACGCAGCUGUCCUCCUCCCAUGCGCUUGGAUUCAACUCGGAUCAACCGGAUAUACAGCCGCAUCUCCAAUCACUGGUGAAGGAAAGUCAAAGCAUUGAAAACUCAAGCCUGGCGCUGGCGUCUCCGUCGAUGCAGGACGACGACAUACGGAAGUUCGAGCCCGAUACGCUUUCCCCCGCGAACCACACGACCAAAGUCACCACGUUCCGGGACGCGGGCAAGGUGUUCAGUCGGGAGCGCUUGGGGCUGGGUUCUGCGCAAACACCGACGACGGCGGGCGGAUUCAACCUUUCUCGAGCGCCCUCCAGCUCUUCCAGUGCCACGUCCGUUCCCGACGCAAGAACAGUCCUGUCGCGGAGCAUGCCGCGCAGCCCAACCAACAUCCGCGCUGGGUUUGACAGAAAAAUUCCACGGCAUACGUUGACUGCAUUUGGCGAGGUUCUAAGACCGGGAACGAGCCACGAGCAGUCUGCGCGCCCGGUUUCCCAAUCUAUGAGCCUGGCCUGGCAGCAGCGCCCGAGAACCACCACGGAAACGAGUCGCUCCCCGUCGAAAAGCAUAGACGAAACAUCGAGCGUGUUCCUUCCGGCACGCGCGACACAUGCCCCCCGGCCCCGUGGAAAGCGCGGAGCUGCACUUUCUGGCGACCAGGAUGCAUCCCUCGCAGACGUGUCUGGUUCGGCGGACGCUAGUGUCAUCGAGGACCACUUUCCGAUGCCAGCCGCCGGCUGUAUCGACGUUCUUCGGACCGAAGAUCUGCGCACCGCUUAUCGAAAUCAGCUAAGCUCGCGCGAACGCGAGGGAAUCGCCUUGGCGGAUGACCACCUAACGCGCUUUGCGCAGGUUGAGCAGUGGCGGACCGACUUGCUGCGUGCCACGUCUCCACAAGCUGUAGCUGCGAUGGAAGAUGACCAACACGCGUUGACUUCUGCUUCCUUACGGAAGAAAUCUCCAAGUCCUGUGAAAGUAGCUACGGGCAGUCGCAGCCAGAGUCGUGGUGGAGCGAAGGUGGAGAGUGCAAUUGAGUAUCGUCACUUUGCUCCGGACGAGGGCGAGACCACAAAUUUCACCGCCCCGCCGAAAAGCCGUGACGGAUUGGUUCUGCCGCCUGUCUUCAACGAUCACCACCCCGCACGCGACGGUCUCACUUCCUCGCACAGCAAGAAACCACAGUCAUCCGAACGAGGGUCCAGCCGCGGAUCCAAGCGCAGUUCCUUCUCGCAGGUUCGAAAGAAGGCCCAGCCGCUGUCCCCCAAGGAAGACAUUUACGAGCACGAGGCUUGUCUAGAGGGAGUGCCGUUGGUCAAACGUCUUUCGGGUAGAAGCGAGUCUGAACUUUCAGAAAUCACAGCGGCUAGACAGAAAAUGGACGCAGCCAGUAUGGAAAAUGCAGCCGCAGAAGAAUUUUCGGGAACUGGGUUUCACCUGCUGCAAGAAAAGCCAACGCAAGUGCAUCAGUCUCAAGAGCGGGCAGCACUACAAGAAACCGUUCGUUCGCCAGUUCCAGUUGGUGUUCAACCUGCAUCAACAUUAUCGCCUUCUCCAGAACUAGUGGUCGCCACCGCAAAAAGUCCAGAACCUCCCGUGCCGAAGAUGACACCACCGAGAAGUUCGCCAAAAGAUCGGCAGGCACGCAUCAUCGCGAUGAUGGAGCAAACGCCACUGCAGGAGAAGCGUAUGCAGGUUGCCAUGGAAUCGCCGGUAAAGGGGCUGUUUUUCGAUACUAACAACCCGCUCCCCAGUGUCCGAGAAAAGGAGGAGAAUCUGCGUCGAGCGGUGGAGUUUGCCAAGAACGGCUUCAGCGGCACUGCUGGGGAUACUUUGCAAAGUACCGUGGCCCCUGGCGAUCUGGAUUCCCUCACAGCGACGGCGGUGACGUUGAAGUCUGGCAGCGGCGAAGAUUCAGAGACGGACUUGAAUCAAACCGACGUCGAAACGCUGACGCACAAAAGUGCGGCUGGUGGCCGCUCCUCGGAUCAUGGGUACCAGGUUGUUCCCACGCGAAGGUCGGUUAAAAUCGAGGAGUCCGCGUCGCUGCAGGGCCGAGGGGGGAACGGACUGAUCUUGACCGAUUGGCUCCAAGGUUUGUACGACCGAAUGCAGCGCGGUGGCUCUUCCUCCUCCAGCACAACAUCUGGUGUUCCGAAACAAAACCUGAACCCCGUGGAAAUUUUGGACCGUGUGGUGUUGGAAGAUUGUGUGCGGCGGGUGCACACGGUCGCGAUUGAGGCCACGGACACGAAGCCCUCCCGGUACGAAAGCGUCGUGAAGGACCGCAUGGUGAAGACCCGGGCUACGACGCUGCUCGGCGGCUCGCUUGUCGGGGAUGGCGAAGUGGACAUGGGCGACGAGUUGGACGUGGUUACCACCUACUACGACAAGUACUAUCUCCCUGUCGCCAACGCCUGUGGUAACUCUUUACCGGAAGACGGGGCUGUCGUGGCGGCGGGGGUUAACAAUGUUGGACGCGCUAGCGCUGCUGCUGCUGUUGCAGACGACCGGUGCUCACCCUCACCCCGUGGUCGCAACGAAGUGAGGAAGGCUGCUCAACAUCAGCGAAGGAACUCCGCUUCCAACUCGGUCUCCCCCCAGAAGCGACGCAGCGUGCACCACGAGACCGUCCAUCAGCAGGCGUUGGGAAUCGGGAUUGCAAAUGUGGAUCAGCAAGCGCUGGCCAGCAGCAGUAGUGCGAGUGCUUCUCGACCACCAGCAAGAAUUUCUGCCCGGUCUGCAGCUCCGCCAUCGCAAAUUUACGCGAUGGACACGCGGGCCUGGUUGUUUCUGCACCGGUUGGCGAAGCUGGGCGCUCUAGCAACGACGAGUGAGGAGGAAACGGUGAGUCGUUUCUUCAACACCGCGGCAGAAAGCCGUGAGCACAGUCCCGUGCGCGCAGCGACAGGCGUCGGCGCGUCAACGCCAGCAAAGAAUGUGCAGCUGGAGGUGCAAAGCCAAAGAAGCACAAGCCCGAGGAAGGCUAUUGGUUUGAUGAUGACUGCGGCCCGCGCGAUGACCCCGAUGGCAAUCACACCAAAACCAAAGGGUAAAGUACUUUCUAUAGUUUUUUCUUCUACUGCUGGGGUUGAUUAUCCAUCGAUCUGCAGUCUGUUUUUCUGGAUUAUUAGCAGCUUCUUGAACUCUAGUUUUUCAUGCUCACUGAUAUGAAUUCGAAUCGCGUACUGCCAAAUUUCAUUUCGUAGGCCCGAAGUUGCAUCUUCGUUCCGCCGGUGGUCUACGUCGUUGGCGGGAACGUCGAUACAUUUGCAUCGGUGUCUUUCUGGAAUCUGCCAAUCUGCUGAUCCGUGCGCACAUCGAGCGGGCGAUUGCCGCAGCGCAGUUCUCGCAGAGAAAAACCGAGGCGAUCACGGUUUUGCAGUCGUUAGCCUACCUGGCGCAGUGCAAACAGGAUCUAGCGAGAAAACGCAUAGUGAAUUAUCCAGCCCUGGCGUCGGCUCCCCACACCUCUGAUGCAGGGAAGGGCGAUUUUUGCACCAGGGUCGCAUUUGCUGGCUGCGCAACAGCAGAUCCGAAGAACAAAAAGCGGAAGAGCGAGAAGUUGAACAUGACACGCGAUGUCAACUACACGACGACUUCCGCUGAAGUGACUGCGACGGAAAUCGAAACAACAGACGUGGACGGAAAUACGAGUGAUGACGAUGUUGAUGAACUCAGUUCUGCAAGGCGAUCACAAACGCAUCAGACUGCUGUUGAGUAUCUCGAAAAAACGUUUCAGGCGCAUCUGGACUCAUCCACUGAUGUGGAAAAGCAGAAGUUUUCUUUUCGCCUUGCAGGAGCAACGGACAACGAAACGACAACGGCUUCGGAAGAUGAAAAGCAGAAGGCGGGUCUCUGCGCGCAAAAUAAACUCGGGGUCUUGUACAGGAGAGACGUCGCUCCACAUGCGGACGGAGGCACACAACAAAGCGCAGCGAGUGUCGCUUACAUGUGGCGGCCACCCGGUGCGGCUGGUGGGGGUCUCGAGAGCCAGCAAUUGAUGUCCCUGCAAGCCAGAAGUAGUACACCAUCUGCCUCCGUCGACUUGACGAAAUGGCUAGGGAUGACGUCGCUAGCCACACCAGGAUCUUCUUCCAGCGGGUGGGCCGGCGAUAGGCAAGGUGAAAACGGCAAUCUCAAGGAAGAGGCUUCUCCGCUACCGACUGACGCUCCUGCGGAAUUCGACCCCAGACAGUGGCGGCGUCACAUUAUGCGACAGUCAGACGCGAUCUACGAGGGAAAAGGGACCGGUUCGCGAUUUGGCGCGCCAGGCUCCUCGGGGAUCGUGACUUCCUUCCGAAAACAGUUCAUCGGAAACUGGCCGCAUCUGCAUCUCAAUCCGGUUCACUACAAGGAUUACUUCUAAAUCAUUGCGUCUUGUUUGCAUAAACUAACAAGCAGCCGUCGUAUGUUGUGUGGCGCUGUAUCCAAUUUGUUUUGGAAAUGUACAAACUAUUUUAUCUUGUACUUCUACUUUACGAUCGGAAUCAGAAAUUGAAUUUUGAAGUUUCACACUAACUCAAACCUAAAAUUUGAAUUUCACAGCUUCACUUGGGUGAGAAUCAAUUUCACUACGAAUUUCCAUGUCAGCGAUUUUCAGGCCGCAGAAGUUUUUUCGUUUCAGCGAAUUCAGGACUCUCGAAACGUGUUUUACGCGAUGCCAAGUUACGAAGGCUUUCCAUGUCUCAGUCACUGUACAAAGAAAUAGCAGAA